UCUGUUACAUAAAAUUUUUCGUUUCAACAAUAGUUUUAUACGUUGCCUUAAUUAUGUCAUUGGUUCAGUAUUGUUAGGCCAAAGGCAACACGGCGCUACACAAUGUCAUAUCCUAGAUGAUAGAACUCUUAUUAAUGAACGCUGUGACAACCCCAGAUAUUUGGUAUUUAGUAGAUGAUGAAGAAUAAGUUUCAUUUGGAGAUUAAGAAACUGGAAAGCACACAGAGGAAGUUCGCAGGUGUAGGUAACGUUCGAUUUACCGGGCGGCACUGAUGCCGUAAUUGUCACCGAACUUUUAAUAUUUGAAAUUGUAGAAGAACUCCAUACAUCUCGUCACAUUAAUUCUUUGUUCACGUUCCGCUCUCGAGACUGAGUAUAUAGGGACUUCCCACUUUUAAAUUUCAGAACUUGGUCACAUAAUCCAACUCAAGUACUGUACACACAUCAGAACUUCAUGACUAUAUUACCAGGAUUCUUAUAAGCCACUUUCUGACAACCCACAGUUUAUCAUGUGUGAUGGUCAAGAUGUAGACUUACAAAAGACUCUACAAUCCGUUGCAGCAAGAGUGCCAAAAAUUGUAGUACAGAGAGCUGAGGAAAUAUUUCCUGCUUUAAAACAAAUCAUGGACUCCUUGGAUUCACAGAAAGAUGAACCAGGUUCGCAUAGUGAGGCAUGUGCAUCGUCGUCCCUAAAUGGAGUUCAGGCUGUCAACAUAAAAGUUGAAGAAUCCUCAGAUAUGGAAGGUGGGGAGGAUCCUGUGCCAAUGACAGUUGUAGGAAUAAAGGCUGAACAUGAGGAGGAUGUACCGAGCUCACACAGUGAGGCCUUUUCGUCAUUGUCUCUGAAUGGAGUUCAGGCUGUCGACAUGAAAUUUGAAGAAUUCUUAGAUAUUGAAGAUAGUAAGGAUGCUGUGCCAAUGACAAUUGUAGGAUUAAAGACUGAACAUGAGGACUGUGCACAUCCACAGGAAGAUGUCCCAGGUUCAUGUACUGACACAUGUCCUACAACUUCUCAUGAUGCAUUUCAGGCUAUCUGUAUGAAAGAUGAGGAGAUAUCAGAUGUUGAAGAGGUGGAUGAUCCAUUGUCGAUAUCCUUUCUAGGAAUAAAGGCUGAACAUGCGUGUGUGCUGAAUGAACAUCAGUUCACACAAAGUGAAUGUCCAUUUCCAUGUGACAUUGAUAAUAAGUCAUUCACCCGUAGUAGUCGUCUGAAGAGAUAUCGGCAUAUACAUGCUGCAGCCCGAUCAUUUCCCUGUGAUGUUUCUACUAAAACAUUCAGUAGACAGGGUCAUUUGAAGGAACUUCAACGCCUACAUAGUGGGGAGCCGCCAUAUUCCUGUGAUGUUUGUAAUAAAUCAUUUAGUAAGCGUAGGUAUUUGAAUGCUCAUCAGCCCAUACAUAGUGGAGAGCGGCCGUUUUCUUGUGCUGUGUGUAAUGAGUCAUAUGCCUCUAAGAGUCGUCUGAAGGUACAUCUACUCAAACAUAGUGGUGAGCAGACAUUUUCUUGUGAUAUGUGUAAUAAGUCAUAUACCACUAGCAGUGACCUGAAGGUACACCGACGUGUACAUAGUGGGAAGCGGUCAUUUUCUUGUGACGUGUGUAAUAAAUCAUAUACCACUUGCUCUGGCCUAAAGGUACACCAACUCAUACAUAAUGGGGCGCGGCCAUUCUCCUGUGCAGUGUGUAAUAAGUCAUAUACCACUAGCGGUGGCCUGAAGGUACACAAACGCAUACAUACUGGGGAACGUCCAUUUCCCUGUGCUGUGUGUAAUAAGUCAUAUACCACUAGCGGUGGCCUGAAGGUACACAAACGCAUACAUACUGGGGAACGUCCAUUUCCCUGUGCUGUGUGUAAUAAGUCAUUUAGUACUAACAAUGCUCUGACAGUACAUAAACGCAUACAUAGUGAGGAGCGGCCAUUUUUCUGUUCUGUGUGUAAUGAGUCAUAUGUCUCUAAGAGUCAUUUGAAGGUCCAUCUACGCAAACAUAGUGGUGAGCGACCAUAUUCCUGUGAUAUGUGUGCUAAGUCAUAUACGUGUAGCAGUGACCUGAAGGUACACCAACGUAUACAUAGUGGGGAGCGGCCAUUUUCCUGUGAUGUGUGUAAUAAGUCAUUUAUUGUGAACAGUCAUUUGAAGGCACAUCAACGCAUACAUACUGGGGAGCGGCCAUUUUCCUGUGAUAUAUGUAAUAAAUCGUUUAUUGCAAACAGUUAUCUGAAGGCACAUCAUCGCAUACAUAGUGGAGAGCGGCAAUUUUCCUGUGACGUA